AUGGCCGAAUUUAUUACUCCAGUCAUUGACGUCCUGACUUGUUUGUGCAGUUGUUGCGCCAAAUGGGCAGAUCCAAUAUGCAAUCUAGGAGACAACCUCAUCUCUUUGAGAAAUGCUUCUAACCAACUCAAUGACAUGUAUCUUGAUGUCAAGAUGAAGGUCGAAACGGUAGAGAAGGCUCCAGAUCCAGAGUUGACGGUUUUGAAUCAAGUAAGGGGUUGGAUGGGCAGAGUAGAAGCCCUACAAAAUGAUGUCCAGGCCAUUCUACAGCAAGGUGAUCAAGAAAUACAAUCCAAGUGUUUUGGAGAUUGUUGUCCCAAGAAUUGUUGGGCUAGCUACAAGCUACACGAGGACGUUACCCAGAAGCUGAGUGAUGUUAAUGAUCUUAUAAGCAAUGGGCAUUUUGAUGUUGUCGCAGAAAAGUUUGCUCGUGAUCAGUUUGACGAACUUCCUGUGGACAAGGCGGUGGGUAUAGAAUCAACAUUUGAGGAGCUACGUUCAUGCUUUGAGAACAACCGGUUGGGCAUCAUUGGUUUGUAUGGGAUGGGUGGGGUAGGCAAAACAACUCUACUGAAGAAGUUCUACAAUGAUUACCUCUCAACAAUGCCACAAUAUGUAGUCAUCUGGGUUGAGGCAUCUAAAGAUGUAGAUCCAGGAAAAAUACAAGAAGACAUUAGGAAGAAAUUACGCAUCAGAGAUGAUAUUUGGAAUAACAAGACAGUGGAUGACAGAGCUCGUUUGCUAUACAAUAUCUUGAAGAACAAGAAAUUUGUGUUGUUAGUAGAUAAUGUGUGGGAAAGGAUUGACUUGUUGAUAUUAGGGGUUCCCUCUCCUAAAAAUCAUGAAUGUAAGAUAAUAUUCACAACUCGAUCACAAGAUAUAUGCGGCCAAAUGGAAGCACAGAGAAGCAUAAAAGUAAAUUGCCUCACAUCAGAUAAAGCAUUUGACUUGUUCAAGGAGAAAGUGGGUGAAACUACUCUUGAAAACCCUCAAAUAUUGACUCUUGCAAAGCAAGUGGUGAAAGAGUGUCAAGGCCUACCACUUGCUCUUUGUACCGUUGGACGUGCCAUGGCUAACAAGGUGACUCCCAAUGAAUGGAGGCGUGCUAUAGAAAUUUUGAGGAGUUAUCCAUCAAAGUUCCAAGGUAUUGUUGAACGUGUCUAUUACUUGCUUGAGUUCAGUUAUGACAAACUGCCAGAUGAUACCUACAAAUCAUGUUUUUUGUAUUGUGCCUUAUUUCCUAAUGAGCAUUUUGGCUGUCAAAAACAGAAGCUUAUUUUGCUCUGGAUAGCAGAAGGUUUUUUAGAUGAAUUUGACUAUGAUAUACAUGAAGCACGUAAGCAAGGAGAAGAUAUAAUUUUAAAUCUAAAGGAUGCUUGCUUAUUGGAAAAUGGUUUGUUAGAAGAUGAAUUUAAGAUGCAUGAUGUCAUAAGAGACAUGGCUCUCUGGGUAGCCUGUGAUCAUGGGAAAAAGGCAAAAUUCUUUCCAGGAAAUGGUUUUGGGACUAGUCGCCUUGAAGUAUACAAUGAUCCAAAGUGGAAAGAGGUAGAAAAGCUGUCAUUGUGGGGCAGGGGUGCAGUGAGCACAAACUUCUCACAAAAACCUCAUUGUCCUAAUCUCAUCACUCUGCUUAUUGGCCGUAGCGAAAUACGAGUCUUUCCAACUGAGGUAUUUGUUCUUCCAAGGAUUAUUAGAGUGCUAGACUUGUCAACAAGUUUCGAAAUAAGAGAUCUACCAUCAGAAAUUGGGGACUUUGUAAACCUCGAACACAUGAACCUAUCGCGUACUAGUAUAAGAAAAUUGCCACAGGAGUUGAAGAAUUUGAAGAAGCUGAGGUUCUUGUUGCUGGACGACCUAGGAGAGCUUGAAUUCCCAGAGAAAGUUAUAUCCGGUUUGUUAUCCCUUCAAGCUUUUAGCACGAGAGGGUCAGAAAUUCGAGGGAUUGAUGAAAAUGUGUUGUUGGAUGAGCUAGAAGGCUUAGAUCAUCUUCAGGAUAUGCGCAUUUCUGUCUAUAACACAUCCUCUGUUGAAAAAAUACUGAUCUCCUCAAAAUUGCAAAAGUGCAUAUGUGAGCUAUUUGUUACAAGUGUACACUCAUCAAUCCACGACUUGUUCUCAUCACUAGGAAAUAUGGAGCAUCUUGAAACAUUACGAGUUUUGAGUUCUAAGGCUGUGGAUAUUCCGAGGCGCUCAUUUCGGGGACAUGAUUAUACAAUCACCCUUCGAGAUUUGGUUCUCAAUAGGUGUGAUAAUAUAGUUGACUUGAAUUGGCUUAUAAAUGCUCCAAACCUUGAAGUCCUUCAAAUAAGCCAUUGUGAUUCAUUGGUUGAAGUUGUGAGUGAAGAUUUUGGGACUGCUGACAUUGAGAGAGUGAAAAGGAAUCUAUUUUCUAGUCUCACUUGUCUUCAUUUGCAAUAUCUGAGUAACUUAAGGAGCAUUUGUAGAAUAGUAUUACAGUUUCCUUGUUUGAAGGAGAUUCGAGUAGCACAGUGCCCCAAUUUGAAGAAGCUCCCACUUAAUUCUCAAAGUGCAUUGAAAAGCUUACAAUACUUUAGAGCAGAUCCUGAUCAGUUGUUUGAUCAAUUGGAAUGGGAAGACGAAGCAACGAAGCAUCUUCUUUCAUCAAAACUUGCAAGGUAA